AUGAUCCAAUUCAUACACAGACCUGGGGAAGCAAUUUUUGUUCCGGCUUAUACAACACAUCAAGUCUGUAAUUUAGCCAAUUGCAUUAAAGUGGCAGUGGAUUUUGUUUCACCAACUUCAAUUGAAAGGUGUAACAAGCUUAGAGGUGAAUUUAGAACUCAACUACAUGAACAGCCAAAGCCUCUGGAGGGAGGACGUUUUACAGAUUGA